CACGCAGGUCUCUGGAUCGGAGGUGAUGAUGGCGUUGGAGGAGCAGCAUCGCUGAGUUCGCUCCUCUGAGCUUUUUAUAUUAUUAUAAUUAUAACAACAGUCGAAAUACAAUUACUCUCCUCGAUCUCCUAACCAGAGAGGAUGGGGAACGAAGGGAGCAUCGAGGGAGGCGGACAACCCGGGGAACCGGGCUCCAUCUCUAUGGCGGGAGCGCCUGGUUCCAUUUCAGCACCACUGGGCUCUGGACAGCUCAUCAAGCCCGCCAAUGGUGCUGCUGCCGGGGGAGGAAUGGGUGGCGGACCGGGAAUGAAUAGGGUUCCUAUGGGGAGUCCUAAAUCUGGGAUGCAGGCUGGCUACGGAGGAAUGGGUGGAGGAGGAGGUCAGAGACUGGCCAACCAAGAGAGCCACAGGCCGAUGCAGCAUAGCUCAGGCCUAGUCCAUGGCUCAGGCCACGGCCCAGGCCCAGGGCAGGCUCAGGCUCAGGGUCAUGGGCCAGGGAUGGGUGCUGGGAUGGGUGGUGGUCCAGGUCAGCAUGGCCAGAGCCCCGGUCAGCCCGGUCAGCACGCCUCCAGACGAAACCUCCAGGUGGACUUCAGCGGUUCGGGUGGCCGGACGGGUCGCUCCUCCUCAAUGUCCCCGGACCGUGGGAUCACCCCCACCUCGCCCUACUCAGUGCCCCAGAUCGCCCCCAUGCCCGUCAGCAAGCUGUGCCCACUCUGCUCCACCACGGAGCUGACCAAUCCCCCGGCCCUGCCAAACUACAACACCUGCACACAGUGCCGCUCCACCGUCUGCAACCAGUGUGGCUUCAACCCCAACCCCCACCUCACAGAGGUCCAGGAGUGGCUCUGUCUCAACUGCCAGAUGCAGAGGGCGUUGGGCAUUGACAUGACCACCGCACGAUCCAAGAGCCAGCAGCAGAUCCACUCUCCAUCCCACCAAGCCAAACCCAUUGUCCAGCCAUCACCUGUUCAUCCAGCCCAGCUAAAAUCCCAUCCCCAGCCCCCACUGCAGUCUUUACCCCACUCCCAGCCCCAGGCCCAACCCUAUGGUCAAACUCAGCCCCAGGCCCAGCCCUACGGUCAAUCCCAGCCACAGUCCGUUGGCCAAACUCAGCCCCAGCCCUAUGGUCAAUCCCAGCCUCAGCAACAGCCCUACAGCCAAACUCAGCCCCAACCCUAUGGUCAAUCCCAGCCCUAUGGGCAGUCCCAGCAACAGCUCUAUGGUCAAUCCCAGCCCCAACAACAGCCCUACGGCCAAAGCCAGCCCCAGCAACAGCCCUUUGGCCAAACCCAGCCUCAAGCCAACCCCCAGGCUCAGCAUCAGCCACAGCCCUCCCCUGGCCUACAGAGACACCCUGUCGCCGGCUCAGCCUCCCUGCCCGGGUCUUCGACAAGCUCUCCCCAGCACAUCCCAUAUGGCCAGAGAGGGCCUGGAGGUCCCGGCCAGCCCCGGAUACCCCACCCUGGAGCAGUUCCCCUGGUGGGCAUGGCCAAGGCUCCCUCCCAGCCAGACCUGGGUAGAGGUACCCCGAUACACCAGGGCGGCCGCCAGGCUGCCAGCGCUGGCUCCUCCCCCGCACAUCGACCCUCCGCCCCCCAGGGGCAGCCCCCCCAGGACGGCCUCACCAAACUGUUUGGCUUUGGGGCGUCGCUCCUCAACCAGGCGGCCAGCACCCUGGCAUCUGUGGACCCCCUCUCAGGGCCACCGUCCUCCCAGCCCUCCCCUGCCAGGGGUGGACCUGCCAAUAAACAACAAGGACCUCCUGGUGCUAAACCUUUCCAGACAGGUGGCCCGCAUGCACCCCAAAUGGGUAGCCCCCAUGCACCCCAAAUGGGUGGCUCCCAUGCACCAACUCAGAAAGGGCCCCAACAGCAGCAGUCGCCUGCGCAUCAACACAAGGGGCCACAGCAGCAGCAAGGGUCUCCCCUCAAACAGCAGCAGCAGCCGGCGGCCAGACAGGAGCCUGCUCCCAAGCCGGUGGAGCCUGUGGAGCCUGAGAAGCCCAAAGUCAACUGCCCCCUGUGUAAGACGGAGCUCAACAUCGGCAGCACAGCCGAGCCGCCCAACUACACCUCCUGCACCCAGUGCCACGCCCAAGUGUGCAACCUGUGCGGAUUCAACCCCGCUCCUCACCUGGAGAAGAGGGAGUGGCUUUGUCUGAACUGUCAGACCCAGCGGCUGAUGUCUGGAGGACUCGGAGACCCCUCUCCUGUUCCUCAUCCGUCUCCAAAGCAUCAACCAAUGGGAUCUCCACGCCACCUGGCAUCAGCCAGUCAGCAGCCAGCUCAGAAGCCACCCUUCCUGAAAUCGACCAAUCAGCAGCAGCAAGGGCCGGGAACGAUGCAGCCGCAGCAGCAGCAGAAGCCACAGACAGGCCUGGGGAGCGGACCUUUCGCAGUGAAGCAACCUGGGGACACAAAGGCCCCUGUCCAGCCCACACCUUCCAAUGAGCCCCCAAAACAACCGAAGGCCACGGAAGAGACUAUGCCAAAGUCAGAGGAGGAGGUGGAACCUGCCAUAGACACCAAACUAACUCAGAAGAAGGGAGAGCCAAUCACAAAAGACCUAAAGAAGUCAAGACAUUAUGACGAGACCAAGAACAGCACUCAAGACCUGUCACGGAGCCCCCAGAGCCUGAGCGACACCGGCUACUCCUCGGACGGCAUCUCCAGCUCGCACAGUGAGAUCACCGGCCUCAUCCAGGAGGAGGAGAUGAAGCUGAGUGAGAAGGGCAUCAGCGGACGUGGCAGCCCCCCCAGCCCUUCCGAGAUCACCAAGCUGGAGAGCUCCAUGAGGCCCCUGCUGGAGUCCAAGACCCUGCCGGCCGAGGAGAGGGAGCGCGAACGGGGACGGGGCAGGCACCACCGAGAGCAGAGGCCCCGGUCGCUGUCCAUCACCCCCGAGGCCUACGACUCUGAUGAGGAGCUGGAAGACAUUGUGGAGGAGGAGGAGGACGGAGGGGACUGGGAGUCCAAACGGGAGCACAAGAGCAGUGCUGCUCCCAAGGACGAGAAGAAAGUGGCCGAGCCGGAGCCAAUGACAGAUGAGGAGUUCAUGAGGAGGCAGAUCAUGGAGAUGAGCGCAGACGAGGACAACGAAGAAGAGGAGGACAUGGAGGAGGAGGACGAGGAGGACGAAGGCUACGGCUACCAAAAACCAAAAAAGACACACAAGCACAUCUCGGAGUCAAUGAAAGAGAAACGCCGCCUAUCUCACCAGUCUAGCAGCUUUGAGGAGGAGACCAAAAGCUCCAGCGACAUCUACAAAGGUUCUGCAGAGGAAGGAGAGGAGGGGGGCCUGGGGGGCCUGCGCCGCUUCAAGACUAUUGAGCUCAACAACACCAACAGCUACAGCCAUGACAUGGAGCUCAACAAUGAAAAUGACCUCAGUCUGGACCGAGAGCCCGAGCUGGAGAUGGAGAGCCUGACGGGAUCUCCCGAGGAGCGUUCCAGGGGAGAGUACUCCUCCACCCUGCCACCCACCACCUCCAGCUAUAACUCUGGCACCUCACCCACCUCCAUCUCCUCCAUGGAGGACGACAGUGACAGUAGCCCCAGCCGCAGACAGAGACUGGAGGACGCCAAGCAGCAGAGGAAAGCCCGGCACCGCUCCCAUGGCUCCCUGCUGCCCACCAUUGAGGACUCCUCUGAGGAGGAUGAGCUGAGGGAGGAGGAGGAGCUGCUGCGGGAGCAGGAGAAGAUGAGGGACCUGGAGCAACAGAGGAUCCGCAGCACGGCCAGGAAGACCAAAAGAGACAAAGAGGAGCUGAGGGCCCAGAGACGCAGGGAGAGAUCCAAGACGCCCCCCAGCAACCUCUCCCCCAUUGAGGACGCCUCCCCUACUGAGGAGCUGCGACAGGCUGCAGAGAUGGAGGAGCUCCACCGAUCCUCUGCCUCGGAAUACUCCCCCCAGAGCCUUGACUCAGAGGCUGAGGGAUACGAGUCCAAACUCUACAAGUCUGGCAGCGAAUAUAACCUGCCAACGUUCAUGUCUCUGUACUCUCCGACCGAGAAGUCAUUGACGACCACGACGACCACUGGGAGCUCCAGCAGCAAGCCCCUGAAGAGUGCUGAGGAGGUGUAUGAGGAAAUGAUGAGGAAAGCUGAGUUGCUGCAGAAACAACAGAAACCGCAGCAGCAUCAGAAACAACAGAAACAGCAGCAGCAACAGAAACAGCAGAAACAGCAGCAGCAACAAGGGAGACACAAUAGUACAUACAAGGAUGACACAAACGGCCAACAGUAUGAAGAUGAGUAUGAGUACAAGCAGGCAGAGACUGGUUAUGAAAACGAGGCAGCAGAGACAGGAGACAUCUACGAAGAGAUCCGCCAGACCUCCCAGAACAUCACUAAGAUGCACCAGUCCUCCGCCCUGGAGUUACAGCAGCAGGCAGACGAGCAGGUGGAAGUUGACAACAGUACCUAUCCAGAUAAGCAGCUUUUAGAUACUGGGUCAGCCUUCAGUAAGCUGCUUGAGCAGACCAAUGACCUAUUGACUCCUGGCACCAGCCCCACUCAGCUCUCUGCACCUGUGUCCUUCUCUGAGACCGGAGGAAGGAUCCCUGAUGUACGGGUGACACAACACUACUCAAAAGGGAUGAAGAGCCAGACGGGUAAAAAUGGCAUCACUCCAGUGGCGGCCGUCACCACAAUAGCCGCCUACGGGGUUUAUUCCCGGGAUGCAGUGACCAUCUCCCAGACCAGCGUUAGUCAAAUGAUGACGACCACCCAAUCCACCAUGUAUGGUCGGCAAACUGGAGGUCCCACCACUUCAACCACAACCGUCUCAAAUGUGUGCAGCAAGAUAGCGGAGAUAACACAGGCAUACAGCCAGAGAGAGUUGGUUGCGAGGAGCGUGGGGGAGAACCGAGGGGUCCAAGUCAGAGACAGUGCAACAUCUUCAGAGCACGUCAUAGAGACCCGCUCGCCAAAGAUGUCUUCGUACUACAAGAGCUCCAGCCCCCCUCUGUCCCCUUCCGCAUCGCCCACUGAAAGCCUAAGUCGCUCUCCCUCCAGGAGGGUCGAGAUCUCCACCCAGACGUUCAGCCCAGGCAUAGUGGCUCCGUCGGCUGGCUCAGGGCCCACCUCCCCAGUGAUGGUCCAGGGGACCCAGACAUCUCACAGAGUUGUAUCCCCACGUCUUUUCAGACAGCAAUCCUCCCAGGAUGCCCACUACAUGGACACUGAGCACACAAGCCCUGCCAAACCAGUGACGGUCAACACGGCCACCUCACCUUUAUCCUCGCCCACCAGAUUCAGCCGACAGUUGACAUUUGAUGGCUACUCUCCACAGGCCAGUCCGCCAGACAGCCCUCCAUACCACCAGUCUCCUCACCGCAGCUUCUAUAGGAUGCAGAAGGUGGAAAAGGUCAAUGUUGGCACCAGCAUGGUCACCACAGCUAGCACCUACAGCCGUGGUUCGAUGUCUAUGGACAACAUUUCUCUCUGCAGGAUCUCCACUGUCCCAGGGACCUCGAGAGUGGAGCAGGGCCAGAUGAUCUAUGGUGGGAGCGUGGUGGAUCUGAGAACAUUGGAUUUGAGAACAGCCACUAUACCAGCUCCCAUCAUCAUGACUGACCACGGCAUGGAUCUUACCUCUCUGGCCACAGAAACACGCAAAUACACCAGUGGGCACGAGGGGAGCCACCCCUCCACCAUCAUUCAGCCUCUCAUCAUGAACCUGAACACCCAGCAGCACCCCCAUGUGAUGGUAUCAACCGCAACCACGGUGAGCGUCACGGUGGCCGCCUCCAUGUUCAUAUCACAGCCCAAACAGCCCAUGGUCUACGGGGACCCUUUACAAAACAGAGUGGACCUGGGCCAGGGUAUGGGCUCAGCCAUGUGCCUGUCACAGAACAAACCACCACCCACUGACCCAUCCAUCCCCAAGAUUGACGCCAAGCUGGAGGACCUGAGCAUCCAGCAGCAGCAGCUGAUGGAGCAGCAGCAGAAGCUUCAACAGCAGCAGCAGCUCUUGGAGCAGCAGCUCCAGCAACACCAUCAGAUGCAGCAGCAGUCCUCCUUAGCUCGGUACAACCUACCAGGCCAGAUGACUCUGCUCAAAAAGGACCUUCUGGUCAGCCAAACCAGCAACUCCCAAGCCGUGGUCAGUGCUAUAUCCUCCGCCAUCGCCCCUGACAUCUACAGCACUGGAGGUCCCCUGGAGCUGAAGAGCAAGCCAACCCCGGCAGGUGUGAUGAACCUGGCAGGCGGUGGGCCUCAUGGCAUGAUGGUCCAGAUGGAUGGAGCCCCACAGGGAGGACCAGUGACCCAGCUGGUGAAGACAGAAGAGAGCCAGGAUGCCAUGGACCUCACAGGGGGGCAGAUCAAAGCUGAGAACCAACCGGCCUGCUGUGAUGUAGUGUACCGCCUCCCAUUCGGAAGUACCUGUGUUGGUGGUCCGUUCUCCCAGAAGCAAAAUGUUGAUGAGACAGUGGCCACUCAAGAGCCAAGACCACCCUCUGCGCCACCACUCUCCUACGAGUCGGACCAGGAGGGCCAGUAUCAGGAGAUUUCUAUGGACGGGCGUAAAGCCUACACACUACCGUUCCCUGGGCGGCUACAGCCCUCGAUGUCUGGCACCAACCUAGCAGAGGCCGGACUUCAAUCCUACCACUCCAAGAUGGACCCACACAUCCAGGCCUCUGGAGAGCUGGCCGUGGACCUCAGCACCCUGAAACAUGCCUAUGAGGGAGGCUUCCUGGGACUAGGCAUGCAGUAUGGCUCCUACACUGACCUACGCCAUGGGGGUGACCUCACUGCUACUGCCCUGCCCAUACGCAGAUUCAACUCCCUGUCAAACAUUAGCUCUGACUACGGCUACUCGCCCCGAGACCUCGCUAACUUCCAGGAGUCCAACCUGGCCCAGUACAGUGCUACCACUGCCAGAGAGAUCAGCCGAAUGUGCGCUGCCCUCAACUUAAUGGACCGCUAUGGGAGCAAUCCGGAGCUCGUGCAGUACGGCGUAGGAAGAGGAACAGGUCCAGGUGGCAGGCUUAACUCUAUGAGACAAAAUAUGCUCUACGGACCUGAUGGGAAGCCAAUCUCUCAAACCCAAGCGCUCACCAACAUGAUCAAUGCCAGGCAAGCCAGCCUCCGAGCCAUGUACCCGUCUGCCAUGAGGUCUGCUGAUGGAAUGACCUACUCCACCAUCAACACGCCCAUCGCAUCCACCUUGCCAAUCACUACCCAGCCUGCCUCAGUGCUGUGCCCGCUACUGAGGGGAGUGUACAGGCCUUUACCCACAGCCAACAUGACACCAGUGCCUCUGGCUAGCCUCACCAGGAUGCCUGUGAACCCAAGGAUGCCUAUGUCUGGGCAGGCUCCGUACCGUUAUCCGGCUCCCAACAUCUUCCCAUUCACCACGUCGGCCCCUGUGAGCAUGCCUGCUGCUAUCACCACCACCCAGGAUGCCCCAGUCUACCUAGGGAAGCCCUCUGUGAAAUCCAGUGCAUCUGAUCCAUCAUCUCAACCUCUCUUUGCCCGUACAUCAGCGCCGGUCAGUUUGCCAACAGAGCCCCAGCAGCAACCCAUGAACCUGACCCAGGCUCACCUCCACACUCAGGCCCCAGGGCAGCCCCAGGUCCAGCCUCAGAACCAACCUCCAGCCCAGCCCCAGCACAUGCAUCCUCAAUCCCAUCCUCAGAGCCAGCCUCCACCCCAGAGCCAGCCCCCUCCAGCCCACAUUUACCCUCCAACACAAAGCUACACUGGGUCCCAGAGCAACACCCAGCCCCCUCCGUCUGGCCCACCCUCCAGCAGCCCAGUCAACCCUGUGACGGAGACGGAGGAAAGGAUGCACCGCCAGCAUGAGCAGCUGCUGCAAAUGGAGCGGGAGCGUGUGGAGCUGGAGAAGCUGCGUCAGCUACGUCUGCAGGAGGAGCUGGAGAGGGAGCGCAUGGAGCUGCAGCGGCACCGCGAGAAGGAGCAGAUGCUGGUGCACAGGGAGAUUCAGGAGCUUCAGACCAUCAAGGAGCAGGUCCUGCAGCAGCAGCAGGCUGAGAGGGAGAGCCAGCUGGUGAUGCAGAAGGAGCAGUUGGCCCAGCAGAAAGCCCAGCUCGACCAGAUACAGUCGCUGCAGCAGCAGCUUCAGCAGCAGCUUGAAGAGCAGAGGAGGCAGAAGACUGCUGCAGCUGCUGCUGCUGCAGCCGCCGCAGCCGCUCAGGUGGACCCGAACGGCCAGACCCUGCUGCCCUAUGGAGAUCAAGUGGGCUUCAUUUCCCUGCCCAACUCCUCCUCGGACAUGUGUCUAAGGAACAAUGAAGAGCAUAUAGAGACCAGAACCAACAUGAGGAGGCAGAACUCCACCUCCAUGCCCCGGCUGAGGGAUGGAAUGGAGGGCGAGAGCAUCCAGUUCUAUGGAGCACGGAGGAUCGUGGACAGCUGUGUCCAGACAGACGAAGAGGAUGGCGAGGAGAGGUACAUCAUGUCCCGGCGCAGACGCAACAGGCGCAGUGUAGACUGCAGUGUCCAAACCGAUGAUGAUGAGGAGAAAGUGGAGUGGGAGCAGCCUGUGAGGCGCAGGCGCUCUCGCUUCUCUAAGCACUCGGAUCUCGGGGCCGAAAACAAGACAGACACAGCCUCCAAGACAGCCGUCUCAUCCAGCAUCGCCAUCCAGACCAUUCGAGAUAGCGCCUGUCAGACCGAAACAGACCAACUGGGGAAGGUGUCUCCGGCUAUCCACGUCACCGUGCCAGACCCGAACAAAGUCGAGAUUAUCCACUACAUCUCAGGCCCUGAGAGGACCCAGAAGGGCCAAAGCCUAGCCUGCCAAACAGACGUUGAGGCCCAGUCUCAGGGCGUGGUGGUGCCACAGCUCAGCGUGCCCACCACCGUCAGCCCCUACUCCACAAGCAUCCAGCUGGUGGGGUCCGCCGACCCACGCCAGCAGCAGAACAGGAGGAGGCCAGACCCCCUGGAGAUUAGCUAUCAGACCCAGCCCAUGAACCACCUCCACAAUGAGUCCCUCUCCAGCCUGAUCCGUCAGCCCCCCAAGUCCCCCAAGGUGCUCUACUCCCCUGUUUCCCCCGUCUCCCCCCACCGCCUCUUGGAGACGUCCCUCUCCAGCGGCGGGCUGAACAAGGCCCACGUCACCCCCCAGCAGAAAGCCUACACGGUCGAGUCGCCCCAGCGCCACCCCAGCAUGCCCCGGCCCAUUAAGAGCACACAGAGGUCCAUGUCGGACCCCAAGCCCCUAAGCCCCACUACAGAUGAGCACACCAAGGCCAGGCUAAACCUGUACCAGCAGCAAGCUCUUCAGAGCCAGCUGGCCGCCCUGCAGCAGAGCGCCCUGAGGAAGGUGAAGAGGACCCUGCCCAGCCCCCCACCAGAGGAAAGCCACCUCCCCAUUGUCACUCCGGCCCUCCCCCAGAUGUACAUGCCCUCCGUGCCCUCACUGAGGGCCGGGACCAGGCCAGGUCUGGCAGCCAAAGCCAGCCUGCUGAAGGACCUCACCCACGAGCUGAAGGCCGUGGAGCAGGAGUCCACCAAGCUCCGCAAGCAGCAGCAGGAGCUGGAGGAGGAGGAGAAGGAGAUUGAUGCCAAGCUGCGCUACCUGGAGCUGGGCAUCCAUCAGCGCAAGGAGACCCUGGUGAAGGAGAGGGAGAGGAGGGAUAUGGCCUAUCUGCGCUGCAUGGGCGACCCGCGAGACUACAUGUCAGACAGCGAGCUGAAUAACCUGCGGCUGGCGGCGGCGGUAGCUUCCUACGAGAGCAACGGGGUGCUGACCAGACCCAGCACAGCACCACUGAGCCAGUUCACCAGUGACUUCAACACAGCCGCCCAGUUUCCUCCCACCUCUUCCUUCGUCUCCUACCAGUCCUACCACACCCUGAGCCAGCCAGCUCCAGCUCCCCAGCCCGGCACCCCUUACCAGACUGCAGCCUUCAACCAGCCCCCCUACCAUUCAGUGUCCCAGGCAGCGGCUCUCCCCCAGCCCACCCCCCUGCAGACCCAACAUCCUCCUCCAUCCUACCAGACUCAGUCCUUCUCCUCCCACACAUUCCCACAGAGCCAUCCCCCCUACCCGACAGAGCAGGGUGUGCACCCACUGCCUCAGCAACAGCAACAGCCUAGCCACCAGGGAUUCCAGCAUGCCCAGCCUGGCCAACCUCCCUACCCCACCCACACCUCUCCAUACCCCAGUCAGGUGUCCUACCCAGCUGGCCCUGGGCAGAUCACUCCCUAUCAGCCCCAGGCAGACAUCCUCACUGUCCACCAGAGACCGAGACAGACCUCGCUGGCUGACCUGGAGCACAAGAUGCCCACCAAUUAUGAGGUCGUAAGCAACCCCACUGUAGGGGUGACCACCACGGCCCAAGACAUCAUCUACUCCUCCUCCAGUGGGGCACCCCCAUAUGGACAGUAUACUGGUGGUACCACCAUGGUCAACACUUAUGGGCCAUACUCUACGGCAGUCUCCAGUACAUAUGGCCAGUACACCACGACAGUAUCCAACACAUACGGGCAGCAGUACACUUCGACCCCGGCCAGUACGUAUGGCCAGUAUACCACCACCACAGCUAACACCUAUGGCUACACCACUACAGCCAGCUCCUACGGCCAAUACACUGCCACAGUGGCCAACAGCUAUGGCCACGGCACUCCAUCUGACCGUCUGCACUCAGUUGACAGCCCCUCUACCUACGCACAGGACGGUCUCUAUGGCCCCGCAAGCCUGGAGCAGAAUGUCCCAAGGAACUACGUCAUGUGCGAUGACAUCAGCGAGCUGACCAAGGAGGGCCUGGGCGGCACAGCGGACAUGCACCGGAGCGACGGCCACGGUGUACGCUACGCAGGGGAGAGCGGUCCGGCGAGAGGAGGGAGCUCCUACGGCAGGCCGGAGGACGAGCUGACCAGGGAGGAAGACCUGUACGACCACCACAGCAGGGGUAAGAACAGUUACCACCCGCGAGGGUCAGACACAUAUGGCCGAGUAGUGGGCAGCAGCAGCACUAGCAUGGGUGGGGGGUCCUCCUAUUACUAUGACGACUACACCAAACACGGCGCACAGCGCACCGGCAUCCAGAAGCACGCCUCCAAAAGCCUGGCUCCGGCCGUCAUGUCCUCAAAGCGCAGCAAGCACCGCAAGCAAGGCGGGGAGCAGAAGAUCUCCAAGUUCUCCCCCAUCGAGGAAGCACGCGACGUGGAGGCAGACCUGGCCUCCUACGCCGCAAGCACGUCGGGCGGCGGCAGCUUCAGCGUGGCGUCGCGGGCCAGGAAGCUGCAGGACGACAUGGCCCACGGCCUGAGGAAGAGCGCCUACGAGCAGAAGAGAUACUCCUAUCCGGAGGAGCGCAUGUACUACACCUCGGGCCGUUCGCGCUCCACGGGCUACGGCAUGGACAAGAUCUCAUCCCGGGACUAUGCCGGCUACCGCAGCCGCUCCUACGAGAGAGAUGGGGACAGGGAGCGCUCAUCAUACAGGGCGAGCUAUAGCCGGGGCAGACCCCCCAUGCGCUCUCAGUAUUCGUCGGAGGAGAGCCCUCUCAGCCCCAUGGGUGUUCAUGUGAGGGCCUCCUCCCUGGGCCCAGAGCUGUACGACAGCCGUAGUAGUCAGUAUUACAGCCAGUACGGCUCCAGCCACUCCAUGCCUGACGUGCAGGAUCACAUGAGAGACUUGCCCCGGACACACGUCUACAAACCCGACAAUUCUUACAUUAUAGACGAUAUGCAUUGCGCUGUUUCGGACAGUGAAGCCUACCAUCUUGGCCAGGAAGAGACGGACUGGUUUGAGAAGCCCAGGGACCUGCGCUCUAGCUCCCGCCACUAUGGCAGUGGUGGCCACUCGUCCGGCCGUAGCCGCCACGUCAAGCACACCUACCACGACUAUGACGAGCCCCCAGAGGAGGACCUGUGGCCCCAGGACGAGUACGGCCACACCCGCCAAUCUUCCACCACGCGAGACCAUCGCCACCAUGGCAGCACUAGCUCUGGGAGACACUCCGCCUCGUCCCGCCACUCAGACGAACCACGCUCCUCGCGCUCCUCCAAGGGCCACCCCAAAGACCCGUCCAUGCGCCACGACUCCCGCCAGAUGUCCUCGUCAGGGAAGAGGGGUGACCCGCGCUCCCAGGGGGGGUAUCACUCAUCGGACUAUUCCAGGGACCCGUCGGGCCACCACCACAGCCAGGGCCGCUCCUCCAAGUCCUCAUCCUCCCACGAUGGGCGGACUUCCUCCAGGAAGCAGCAAGAACUCCAGGGUCACACUCCCUCCUCCUCCAGGGGCCAGGGCAGCUCUGGCCGUGUACCGGGAUCCGCCGGUGGGCCCCCGGGCUCUAGGGGACAGGGUCCUACCUCCCAGCAGGACGGGCUGCAGCAAGGCCAGCGCACUCAGCUGCAGCAGCAGCCUCAGACCUUGGCGGCACGACAGACAGGCACCACCCCUGCAGGCACCACCCCUGGGGGCCAGCAGCCUCUGGGCCUGGCCCAAGCCCAGCAGGGUCUACAGGCCAAGCCUGGUCAGCUUGGUCCUGGUCAAGCCGGUCGCCAGCCACAGGCAGGAGGCCCACUGGGGCAACUGCCACCAACUGCGCAAGCACCUGUCGCAAACACACCCCCUGUGACUGCCAUAGGGGCCAAAGCUGUCAUAGGAGGGGCGGCCCAACCUGCAAAAACACCUCAACCCCCACUCACAGGAAUAGGCUCCAAGGCCGCCCCUAGACCCAGUGGCAUCGGGAGCGCAGCAACAGGUCAACCAGGGAUGGAGGGGGAUAGUCUCCUCUCUAAAGUCCUACCAGGAAACCCUGCAGAGGCAGCAGGAAAACUAGGAGAAGCAAUCUCCGGUUUCGGCAAGAAGUUCACCUCGUUGUGGUGAGGUGUUGAGAUGAAGGUGUCUGUAAAUGUUAUGGAGGACGUUGUGAGGCUUCGUACCAGAAAAACCUAGGAAGACCCCUGCUUUGUUUUACUAUGAGAGCGAGAGAGAGAGAGAGAGAGAGAGAGAGAGAGAGAGAGGGAGGGAGGGAAAGAUAUAGCCACCAAUAGAGGAAUUCUGAGCACACUGCCAAUGAGGACAGGAAUCAAUGGAUGCUGCACGUCCCAGGCCUGAGCACACGAUUGCAGAGAAACAAUGCUGCUUUCUCUGGCAGGCCAGACAAUCGUUUUGAGGCCACCCGGCUGCCAUGCCCACAGCCAAAGAACCAGGCUCCUGACACCCUGGGACCCCCAGAACACCCUAGGGCUGUGGUCUGCACUGAGGUCACAAGCCCCGAGGACCCUUCCAGAGAGCGGCUAGUUGGAUAGAGAGCCUGUUCCCCCUGGUCUCUGCCACUGUCCGGGGUUUCAGCACCACCUCGCAAACAGCCAUUAUCCUUUGGGGAAUGGGCUCUAUACUAAGGAAUAUUCCAUCCAGCUGCUCUGUAGGAGGAUGGGAGGGAGCCACAAUACUGUGACACCGCAGCACACUGAUGAUGCUAUCCUCGAGUUCAGUGGUUCCCAACCUUUUUUUCGGUAACUGAAUUUUGAUCUGCCCGGAGUACCCCUGAAGUACCCCCUCAUGUGCAUUUUACCAGUCGGCCUAUUAUCUCAUGAGUCUUCUCAAGUACCCCGUGUUGAUAGGCCAAAUACCCCCAGGAGUCCUAGUACCCCUGGUUGGGAACCACUGCUCUAGUCUGUGGGCUGUUGUGCUGCUGCAUGCUGGGGGCGGAAUACAUCCCAGGGGGCGUGGCCAUGGUGGCAGGGUAGGAUCCUUGAUUCCAUAAGCCUGUGCUCAGACACACUCUCCUUUCAUCUCCGAAUAAAGAAAAGAAAACUGAAGCGCUUCGUAGGUUUUUCUGGUACUAAAUACUUCCUGUUUCAUUUGGAUGCUGAUAACAAUUUAGGGAAGAAGAAGAAGAAGAAGAAGAAAGAAAAUAAAUAUAUACAUAAUAAGGAUGACUAGCAUGACGACUCCACGGUUUGUUCUGUUUUUAUCUUUACAUUCCAGAAUGAAAGAAGGCACCGUUUUUUUUAUGCUGACUCAUUCUUUUUUUGUUUGUUAUGUGUCUAUGAAGUGUAUAGUGAGUGGAUUUAGGAUUUUGAAUGCAUGGAACUUUAUAUCCAAGACCUUACACUGUUCACCAUUUCAAUCACAGAGGCCAUAAGACACUGGUUAAUAAUAAAGCUAAUUUAAAAAACUCCACAAGAAGACAAGGUGGACAUUACACUGAAUCUGGCCACAGAAUGGGAGAAUCAUCAUUCGGGAGGUUUUGGUUGCACCAUGAGAGCCGAAUGUGGCUAGGUUUGUUUUUUUUAGCCAUUGCAAAGCCAUUAAUAAGAAAAUAAAAAACAUUCCCAGAACGUUUGGGUUCAUAGUGUUUCUGAACCUUCCUACAACGUUUGGAUCUCUGGUGUUUUUUUAAUUUUAUUUAAAAAAAAUUUACAGCAGUUUUUUCUCGCUCUGUAUUUGCCUGAUUUUCUGUUACAUGAUAGCGGAUUUGCCUUAAUCAUGCCAUUCUUUUUAUUUAGAGUAAAGUGACAUCUUAUUUUUGUACUCGAUGUUGUGUCCAUAAAGCUUAUUUUCAUUGCAGACUUUUGAUGUGAUAAUGAUGUCAGCUAGAAGACUGGCUCUGAGAUGAAUUGAAUAUUUUUGUAUGUUGUUUCACUUUUAGGUUUCAAAUGAUUUAUAUGAUUUAUUUUUCAUACAUUUAUGUGUUUUAUGGUUGCCAUAACAAUUGAUUAUGUUAUUUAUUGAUUUAUGAUUAUUAAUAAUGAAAAUGCAAUAGUAUGUGGAAGGAAGUCAGUAAAGAGCACAGUCUUGUGUCAUUUAAAAAAAUCAGUGGUCAGGAAUGUGUUGCCUCUGUCUGUAUAUCUGAGUUGUGCGAUUUUCUGCUAUCACAUCUUAACAGGGCCACACCUGGGUCAUAUUCACUAGGCACCAAACCGAAGAAACAACGGACUGAAACAGGGAGGGACUACCUGAAAUUGUCCAAUAAGAAAUCCUAAUUUUCAUUUUCUGUUGUAAAACGUUUUGCAACGGUGUGCUCUAAUGAAUACGACCCUGGAAAUCCAUUGGUGUAGUUUGUUACUGCCCAGACAAGGCACAUAAUAUCUGCCCAUUUUGAUAUGUGAGCACUGCAAGACAGCAGAGAGGCACUGAAUACAAACCAGUGCAAAUCACCAUUGAAUCUGACUUGAACACUUUAGCAUUCUUUUGUUGACAGUCAUCAUCAUCAAUGGGUUUUCAUGUUUUCUGGCUUACUACAAAUGUUUUAAUAUCCAAAAGAACACAAAAGGGAAAAGAGAUAAUACUUACUGACAAGUAGUACAUAUAGGCUAUGUGUUCCAAAUAUACUGAGGUUGACACACUGGAGAAACCUAGUCUGCGCACACUCACAUAUGGCUGUAUGAGUUAUGUGCAUGUUAAAUGUGUUUGGAGCAUUAGACGCCGAAGGGUCAAAGACACAGUUGGUUCAGUCACAGAUAGUUAUUUGCCUUUGUUUUUGCGACCAAACUGCAAACCCCAAGAUGUUGACAGUUGUCACAGAAACCUCUCAGGUCAGUGUUCUUCCUGCUGUUCUUUGCAGUGCAGUGUAGUUGGACUGGUCAGGUGGGACUGGUCAGGCACUCCGAUGCUACAGGGGCCCACUGAUGGGGGCCUACUGAUGGGAUCCCAAACCUGAUGUAUAUUGUCUCUCUCUCUCUCUCUCUCUCUCUCUCUCUGUGUGGACGCUGGGAUAAAGCAUGCUCCGGCAAAAUCUCAGUAACAGUCACUUCUGUAUCGUUACGUUCCUGAUGUCUGUAUGUAUGUGUGAGUAUGCGUGUGUUUCUCAUCAUCCUAUUACAAAACUACAAAACAAACCGAUAUUUGACAAAUAAAAUGUAAGUGUGUGGUCGACAGCAACUUUUCCAUUUGAAACGUUCUAUGCAAUUAAUCAUAUUUAUGGGAAAUACUAGGGAAGAAACAAAACAACCGAAUACCACUAUCGUUGUCAUGCCUGAGAAAAAUACUGCUUUAUUGUAGCGUUCCUGCUACAAAAACAAAUUGACUUGUUUGUAUAUAGCUACAAUACGUUUACGUCAGGAAUUUGAUUCAAUGUUGGGUUUUUUUGGCAUGUUUGAGUCCCCUCACUGAAAAUUGGGACCCGUUGCCAAAGGAUUAACUAUAUAGGCACCCUAAAACGACACGCUAUUUCUAUUUGUGUACUAAAGGCUGUAGGGAAUCGGAUGCCAUUUUUUUUAUGCAGAAUACUGUCAUAAAAGUCUGCCAUUUUAUUGCUUCAAGCAUGGGUUGCUGGGUACAGUGAAUGGUCUUCUACGUACAGUACAGCCGUGGAUCCAAAUAUUUGGCUGCCAGUUUGUGCACUUCUUAUUUCGUAAAGUGAAUAAAGCUGCUGAAGAAUUAAGACAAUUCUAUGAAGAGAUGAAAUAUAUCAAUUUUAUAUACAGUAUCAGGCAAAAGGUUGGACACCUACUCAUUACAGGUUUUUUUGUUUUGUUUUUUACUAUUAUCUACACUGUAACUAUGAAAUAACACAUAUGGAAUCGUGUAGUAUCCAAAAGUGUUAAA